CUUGUAUUUUAGACCGGAUAAUAAACAAUAUAUACGGAGUAACACAUGCUACAUGAUUGGCAAUAUUUUGUCUAUAUAUAAUAUCCACACUUUAGUCUAAAAUUCUCAUAUUAAUAAACUCAACCUUCAUAAUAAUAACAAUAAUAAUAAUUUUUAUUAUUACAUUGUGGAAUUCCAUUCCAUACUAUGGAGUCUUCCAAGCAUUUUCGUAUUCUUCAGUUCUUGAUCUUCUGUUAUCUAUUAGUGACGCCGUUAAGCCUCCGUGCGUAUCCAACGAAGCAGGAAUCCCCUGUGGUGCUGAAGCUGGAAGCGAAGCGUGUUCCCGCAGCAGCCUCACCGCCGUUAACCAAGCUUCCGUUUAGCCAUAACGUGACUUUGACGGUCAGUCUCGCCGUGGGCUCGCCCCCACAGGAAGUUACCAUGGUCCUCGACACAGGGAGUGAGCUCUCCUGGCUCAACUGUAAAGCGAAGACACCAAACGCGCCCUUAGUUUUUGCUCCGACGCUCUCCAAGUCUUAUUCUCCGGUCCCCUGUUCUUCUCCGACGUGCAUGACCCGGACCCGAGAUUUCACCGUGCCCGUUUCCUGCGACCCGAAUAAACUCUGCCACGUGAUUCUCUCCUACGCCGACGCUUCCUCCGCCGAAGGCAACCUCGCGACGGAGACUUUCCGGGUCGGGAAUUCGGAGCUUCCCGGAGUUGUAUUCGGGUGCAUGGAUUCCGGGUCGAGUUCGAACCCGGGCGAGGACGCCAAGACUACCGGGUUAUUGGGCAUGAAUUUAGGCGCCCUGUCCUUCGUUUCUCAAAUGGGUGUUCCGAAAUUUUCGUAUUGCAUCCCGGGUGGGGCCGCCGCCGGCGUUCUCGUAUUCGGGGAAGCCAAGCUCCCGUCGAUGAAGCCGCUGAGCUACACCCCGUUAGUCAGAGUAUCGACCCGAUUACCCUCUUUCGACCGGGUCGCCUACACGGUCCAGCUGAAAGGAAUCCGGGUUUCCGGGACGGUUCUGCCAAUACCCGAAUCCGAUUUGAAGCCGGACAACACCGGUGCGGGUCAAACCAUGGUGGAUUCCGGCACCCAGUUCACCUUCCUCCUCGGUCCGGCCUACACGCAGCUGAAAAACGAGUUCGUGAAGCAAACCACAGGGGUACUCAGAACCUUGAACGCCCCCAAUUUCUUGUUCCAAGGGGCAAUGGAUCUGUGCUUCCUCUUCGAAUCAACUCCGACGAGUUUCGCGGCGGCGUUGCCGGCUGUGACCCUGAUGUUCGACGGGGCGGAGAUGAGCGUCGGCGGGGAGAAGCUGCUGUACAGAGUUCCGGGUAUGACCCGGGGAAAGGACCAAGUGUACUGUUUCACGUUUGGGAAUUCGGAUUUAUUAGGGAUUGAGGCGUAUGUGAUUGGACACCAUCAUCAACAAGAUCUGUGGAUGGAGUUUGAUCUUGCAAAAUCAAGAGUGGGAUUAGCUGAGGUUAAGUGUGAUUUGGUGAGUCAAAAUUUGGGGUUAGGGUUGUAGAAAUUAUUUCUGUUUAUGGUUUAUUACUAUGUCUAAUUAGGAAUAGAAAAAAAAUUGUAUUAGGGAGUCACAAUAUUUAUUUCUUCGUCUCAAAAUAAAUUCUUCAUCACAACGUAUAUCUCUUCUAUGAAUAAAAUAUUGACUACACAUUUUUUAUUUAUUUUUUUAAACUUUGUUAAACACUCUGAGGUUAAACUACAUCAUUUCUUUGGAGACGGAGUCGGGAUAAUACAGAGUACAAGUUUUA